AUGGCAAAGAAUCGAGCAGCACCCUCGGUCUUGCUCUCAGCAGCAGCUGCUUCGGUGGCCUGCUGGCUCUUGCUGGUGACAGUUGGAGAUGCGUUUGUCAGCCCUGCGCCCACAAAUGUGCGCGCCACAGCAUCGUGGCAGGGCAUGCAGCCAGCUGCCACAACUGCUGGCCCCAACACAUUCGCUUCUCCUCCAGACCAGAAGUUGAGCCUUUUCAAGACCGCUGCCUCUGCUGCGCUCCUGUGCCUGGCUGCCAGCCGCUUGAUCAAGGGCAGGUCCCAGAAAUCCCCUGUGGUCCGCCGAGCUGUCAUCACCCUCAAUGCCGGAACGGCCACAUCCCCGGAGAAGCCCAUGGUGAACCUGCCACAAUUCGACGAGCCUGCCGCAACCGUUGAUACGCUGGUGGACGCCAUUGUGGACACACAGGUGGAUCAACGCAUUACCAACAUGCCGGAGUUGUUCUCCUUGGACCCCGAGUUGCCCUCCCUCACGGUCAUUCCCGACACUCAAACAAGUGCGACAUGGGCAACAGCGGACACAGCCACAACAACGUCUGUGACCGUCUCGUGCCUUUGUGGGAA